CUCGGAGAGGGUGGACCGCGCGGCGCGCAGCGGCGGACCCAGUGAGACGUGUGAGCGAGCCGCCAGGGCCCAGUGCCGGCAGCUGACGGACUGAGCAGGCGGCUGGUGGUGACGCCCGCCAUGCCUCAGGUGGCCUGUCAGAAGUUCACCGUGAGCAGGGACUCGAUGGUGACCCGGGCGGCCGCUCGCGCCGCACGGUGGAAGAAGCUGCCCACCGACCGCGGCAAACUGAGUGACAAGGAGAGCGGUUUCGAGUCGAGUCCGAACAGCCCGCGGGCUGAGUCGGGCCUGGAGCACCCCCAGCACGCGCCCGGCUCGCAAGAGUUGGCGCUGCGCGGGGCGCAGGAGGAGGAGCAGCACAUCUCUCUGGACUGCUUCGAGUUCAUCAAGAAGCUGGGCUCCGGCGGGUACGGCAGCGUGGUGCUGGUGCAGAAGAAGGGCGGCCGCGACCACCGCGCCCACUACGCGCUCAAGAUGACGGCGCUGAACCGGGCGGCGCUGGUGGAGCGCGACAUCCUGCCGCGCCUCCAGAACGUGCCCUACACGCUCGACCUGGCCUACGCCUUUUUCGACGCGCGCCUCGGCAAGGCCUUCCUCGUGCUGCCGUUCGCGGCCGGUAAGGACCUGUUUUCACUGGCCGGGCCGUGCACCAACCCCAAGAAGAAGCCCGGCUACCUGCGCCGCAUGUUCCACCACAACUACAUCAAGUACCUGCACCGGGUCCGGCUCAUCCUGGCAGAGCUCUGCGUGGCCAUCAGCUACCUCCACAAGCUGAACAUCAUGUACCGCGACCUGAAGCUGGAGAACAUCCUGGUCUUCGGCGACGGGCACAUCCGGCUGGCCGACUUCGGCCUCUCCAAACUGUUCGAGGAUGGCGAGUCGACGCACGUCACCGGAAAGACGGGCACGCCCGACUACAUGGCGCCGGAGGUGCUGCAGUCGAGCGGCAGCUUCUGCGCGGCGACCACGUACAGCUUCGAGGCCGACCUCUGGGGCCUGGGAGUGAUCGCCUACGAACUGAUCGUGGGACAGCUGCCGUUCCGGGGUCAGGAGAUCUCCGAACUCGAAUGCGCCAUCCUGGGCGGCGCGGUGGAGGUGCCGCGCUCCUUCCUGGAGGAGAAGUUCGGCCGUCUGUCGCGCCAGGAGCGCGCCCUGGCUCUGGCCGCGCUCAGCUUCGUCAAGGCGCUGCUGCGCGUGUCGCCGCGCCACCGGCUCACCAACGACGACAUCCCGCGACACAUCUUCUUCCAGGACCUGGACUUUGAGCAGAUCGCCACCGGCGACCACGACGACCCGCCGUUCGACAUCCGACGCAUCGACGCCGAGCGCGACGACUCACGCGACGUGGAGCCGAUCCCGGCCGCGUUCGCCGGCCGACUGUCAGUGGCCAGCAGCGCCAAGUCGCCCGACAAGAGCGGCUUCGACAGUCCCAGCCGGUUCGCCAACUACCACUACGUGCGCCGGCCGUCCGGCUGGUACUUCUCCGACCUGGAGGGCUCCCAGUGCGAGGACAGCCGCGCCGACCUGCCCGACGGCGCAGGCUACGCCGAGGAGGCGGCGCUCGACCACAGCGGAGCCGAGGAGUCCUGCGUGGCCCUCGAGGACGUGCCGGGCCUGCUCGAGUACGAGGCCAUCCUGGCCGAGGACACCAGUGUGGAGAGCGACGACCUGGUGCUGCUGAUGCCCGGCGGCUGGCGGCCCGACCGCCACCGACAGACGGACGUCGUCGCCUCGUCUGAGAGCCGCUCCGACAGCGCCAUCGACGAGCGGCACGUCGAGCACGACGCUGAGGCGGCGGCGCCUCCGAUGGCCGCGUCCACGCCGGUCAAGACCGAGAUUGAGUUGUUCCCGCGCGUGCGCGUGGUGCCGAGCCAGCCGUGCUCGCCGCCGCGCUGCUCGCCGGCGCUGCCAGCGGCGGCGCGCACCAUGCCCAACCUGCUGCCGGUGGCCAGUGUCCGACGCCGGCUGCAACUGGACGAGGUGUCGCCGCCGCCGGCCGCGCGGCGCGUCACCAGGAGACUGGCCGCCGCCGCCGUGUCCCCGCCGCGCCCGGAGGCCGACCACUCCGAGUCGUCGCUGUCGACGGUCCACCAGUCGUCGCUGUCGACGGUCCACCAGUCGUGCACGCCGUCCCGAUUCGAGCGCGACUCGCCGCUGUCGCCCUCACCAGAGAAGACGCCGCCGCACUCGCUGCGGCUCGAGGGCGACUCGUCCAUCUCUCAGUCAGCUGAGUGGAGCGGGGAGGCCUGGCAGUCGCUCUCCUCGGCCUACCAGUCGUGCACACCGUCCCGCUUUGAGCGCGACUCGCCGCUGUCACCCUCACCAGAGAAGACGCCCGAUCAGGAGCAGCGCUCGCCGGCGGCUGGCCGCGCCUGGGAGCUGCUCUCUCCGGCUGAGCAGUCAUGCACUUCGUCACAAUUCGAGGGCGAGUCGUCCUUCUCUGUGACCCCGGAGAAGACUCUGAGCUCUGCAAGAGGCGCCGGCUCCAACAGAGGCUCACCGGCGGCUUCCGCAUCGCGUUCUGUGAUCAAAAGCUGGGCGCCCCCGCCCACGCCUCCACCCCCGUCAUCCGCCGAGCGGUCCUGGACGCAGGCCGAGCGGGAUGCCGCUCUGUUCGUCUCGCCAGUCGGGAUGCCCGCCGCCUCAGCGUUCGAGGAGGUCCACAACUCGGGGACGUCUGAGCAGCUCUCGGACAGCUCGGCUCGGCUGCACACUGCGCUCGGCCGGCCGGGAGACUCUCCGGCGGACCUCGCUGCGGCGGCGGCGCCGCCCGUGCGGCCCUCCAUGAAACGCUCGUGGGUGUCGCCGUGUGACGAGGAGCCGGGGCCGUCGCGGCUGGGCGGCGACGGGCCGCGCGUGGUGGUGGAGGCCGCCGGCCAGCCGCUGCCGGUCUACUCGCUGCGCAGCGCCGGCCGCCGGUGA